AACUCUCGUCGCGGUUUGGCGUGGUGCUCGCACUCAGUACGGUCGACCGAAAAUUUUUCAACUAUUCCUCGAAGCUCUUGUGAAAGGUGUGCGGGUGUCAAGUGGAAUUCAGCAUUCUGACCAAGUGUAUUUGAUGUUGUUGGAAGCUUAACGCUGGAAAUAGACACGUUAGAAUUGGAUCCGUGAGAAAUUCGAGUGGCCAGACGGAAGACGGUGCGGUUUCUUGACCCUAGAAGUGCUUAAUCCUCGCCAUAGCACGAGCGCAGAGCCAUCCUCUUCUUGAGUAAGAAUGAGUAGACGCUACUCGCGAGUGGAAUCCAGCUCAGAUCUUCUGGCGUAUUUGGAUCGUGGACAUUCCGCCAAUACCGAGAACCGGUGGACAUUCGAGGUCGCAUGGGAAGUAGCCAACAAAGUUGGUGGAAUUUACACUGUCAUCCGAUCGAAGGCAUUCGUGUCGACGGAAGAACUUGGCGACCAGUACUGUCUGAUCGGUCCGUACAAUGACGCAUCCGCUCGAACCGAAGUUGAAGCGUGCGAGUUUCCGACGAAUGGACCGCUGUAUGGAGCCGUCAAUGCGAUGCGGAAUCACGGUUUUAAGGUGCACUGCGGUCGCUGGCUGGUGGACGGAAAUCCGCAGAUUAUUCUGUUCGAUAUCGGUUCCGCCGCCUGGAAACUGGACUCCUACAAGCAUGAACUAUGGGAAUCGUCCAACAUCGGAAUACCUCACUUGGAUAUCGAGACCAACGAUGCUAUUAUUUUAGGUUACACUAUCGCAUCGUUCAUUGAGGAGUUCAAACGCUGUGCUGAUAAUUAUUCACAUGACAAUGAAUACGGACCGCCACGUAUCGUGGCACACUUCCACGAAUGGCAAGCCGGUGUUGGUCUGAUAGCCUUGCGUACACGUCAUGUUGAUGUAGCGACCAUGUUUACCACCCAUGCUACGCUACUCGGCCGAUAUUUGUGUGCCGGUAACACUGACUUUUACAAUAAUCUGGCAAGCUUUCCAGUUGAUGAGGAAGCCGGUAAACGACAAAUCUAUCACCGGUACUGUCUAGAACGUGCUGCGACCCACUUAAGUCACGUAUUCACAACAGUGUCCGAGAUCACCGGUUACGAGGCAGAGCAUCUGCUGAAACGUAAACCAGACAUCAUUACACCGAACGGCUUGAACGUGAAAAAGUUUUCCGCUAUUCAUGAGUUCCAAAAUCUUCACGCAUUAGCAAAGGAAAAAAUUAACGAAUUCACUCGUGGUCAUUUCUACGGUCACUUCAACUUCGAUCUAGAAAAAACUCUGUACAUGUUUAUCGCCGGGCGGUACGAGUUCACCAACAAGGGGGCAGACAUUUUCAUUGAAGCUCUAGCGCGGCUGAACCAUUCGCUGAAGUCUAGCCGACCGGACGUAACUGUAGUGGCAUUUUUGAUUUUUCCUGCCAAAACUAACAACUUUAAUGUGGAAUCAUUGAGAGGUCAUGCAGUGUGCAAACAACUACGCGAUACUAUCAACAGUGUUCAGCAGCAAAUCGGUAAACGAAUGUUCGAAACUUGCAUGAAAGGUCAUCUUCCCGAUGGAAAUGAAAUAUUAACCAAGGAGGAUAUGGUCAAAAUUAAGCGCUGUCUGUAUGCUUUGCAGCGUGACAGCAAUCCUCCGGUGACCACUCACAACGUAGUGGAUGACUGGAACGAUCCCGUGCUGGAGGCGGUUCGCAGAUGUCACCUCUUCAACACGAAAUAUGACCGCGUGAAGAUAGUGUUCCAUCCGGAGUUUUUGAAUCAAACUAAUCCACUGUUUGGUCUGGACUAUGAAGAAUUCGUUCGCGGUUGCCAUUUGGGCGUGUUUCCAUCUUACUACGAACCGUGGGGUUACACUCCGGCUGAAUGUACCGUUAUGGGCAUCCCAAGCAUCACUACCAACUUGUCCGGGUUCGGUUGCUUCAUGCAAGAACAUAUCGCUGAUCCGAAAUCAUACGGAAUCUACAUCGUUGAUCGUCGCCACGUAAGUCUGGAGGAAAGUGUACAACAGUUGUCCCGAUUUAUGUAUGAGUUCUGCAAACUGAACCGACGCCAGAGAAUUAUCCAGCGAAAUCGCACUGAACGUCUGAGCGACUUGCUAGACUGGAAGAAUUUAGGAAUUUACUAUCGUCAAGCCAGGAUACAAGCGUUGAAAACUAUGUAUCCAGACUACGUCGAUGAGUCGGAAACCUACCUCAAACGUGCAGCAGACUUCAACUACCCACGUCCAGUUAGCGCUCCACCAAGUCCGAGUUCGUCAAGACACACUACACCGGCACCGUCUCUGCACGGUUCUGAUGACGAACAGGAUUCUGUGAAUUCCGAGGAGGAGUUGGAGGAACUAAAGAAAGCUAGCUUGCAUGACUAAACGUUAGCUGCCAGCGAAUUUGAAACAUAAUAGCAACAAAAUUGACAACAGUAGCAUUACAUUAGAUGACCCAAGCUUCGCAUUUGAAGCUUUCUAGUUGAGCGGCAGGUGUGUCAAGUAUAAUAAUUAGCCGUAUCCGCACUGAAGGAAAAAUUGAACACUAAAAGUCGAGCUCCUAAUUGAUAUUAACACCCCUGCUGCCAAUAGAGCCUUUGUUUAGCUUGCAUCCCAUUUUAGACCGAAAUUUGGAAACUGAAGAAACCACAAUCAAGUUGUGUUCCUAGGCUCACUGCAUGGCAGCUCUUCGUUUUACAAAAACCGACGACACUUCUUUAUCCAAUGGUAACAUUUCUUGCAGCUAUUGUACAACUUUUGUGUUCAGUCAUAAGAGUAAUGUUAGAUCGAGAUUACAGAGUUUAUCCUAUAUAUUAUUUAGUCGAUACUAGAAGCCACUUAAAAGAAAUGUUUUUAUCCUUAGUAGCCCCUUAUUUUAUAUAAUCUUCAGAUAAUAU